GGAUCUCGCGGGAAGAGCGGCGGGCACGGCUGUAGCUCGGUCUCCCGGCUGCGCGCGAAGCGGGAGGGCUCUCUUCACACAAGCGCUUCCUCGCGGAGAGGUUGGAGCUGCCGCAGUCGCAGGCCUGGGCCGCCCCUUCCCUGCCGCCGCCUUCUUUUCCUCAGGGCUCCUCGGUCCGCUCGCCCUCCGGCGCUCCCAGGAAUUUGACAAGAAACUGCAUUUUUGAUCAAAUAUAUUUUGAGUAUGAAACCAGACAUGUAACAAAGUUUAGAUUCUUUCAUUUGAUUAAGGUAUGGUCUGAAUAUGCGUUGCUUGGCAGCUCGGGUCAACUAUAAGACUCUGAUUAUCAUCUGCACACUCUUCACUUUGGUCACAGUACUUUUGUGGAAUAAAUGUUCCAGCGAUAAAGCGAUCCAGUUUCCACGGCACUUGAGUAGUGGCUUCAGAGUGGAUGGAUUAGAAAAAAGAGCAGCAGCAUCUGAGAGUAACAACUAUGUGAACCACAUGGCCAAACAGUCUGAGGAGGCAUUCCCUCAGGAACAGCAGAAAGCACCCCCUGUUGUUGGGAGCUUCAACAGCAAUGGGGGAAGCAAGGUGUUAGGGCUCAAAUAUGAAGAAAUUGACUGUCUCAUAAAUGAUGAACACACAAUUAAAGGGAGACGAGAGGGAAAUGAAGUCUUUCUUCCAUUCACUUGGGUAGAGAAAUAUUUUGAUGUAUAUGGAAAGGUGGUUCAAUAUGAUGGCUAUGAUCGGUUUGAAUUCUCUCAUAGCUAUUCCAGAGUCUAUGCACAGAGAGCCCCGUAUCACCCUGAUGGUGUGUUUAUGUCCUUUGAAGGCUACAAUGUGGAAGUCCGGGACAGAGUCAAGUGCAUAAGUGGGGUUGAAGGUGUACCUUUAUCUACACAGUGGGGACCUCAAGGCUAUUUCUACCCAAUCCAGAUUGCACAGUAUGGGUUAAGUCAUUACAGCAAGAAUCUAACUGAGAAACCCCCUCACAUAGAGGUAUAUGAAACAGCAGAAGACAGGGACAGAAACAGCAAGCCUAAUGACUGGACCGUGCCAAAGGGGUGCUUUAUGGCUAGUGUGGCUGAUAAGUCUAGAUUCACCAAUGUUAAACAGUUCAUUGCUCCAGAAACCAGUGAAGGUGUAUCCUUGCAACUGGGGAAUACAAAAGAUUUUAUUAUUUCAUUUGACCUCAAGUUCUUGACAAAUGGAAGUGUGUCCGUGGUUCUAGAGACCACAGAAAAAAAUCAGCUCUUCACUGUACAUUAUGUCUCAAAUACCCAACUAAUUGCUUUUAAAGAAAGAGACAUAUACUAUGGCAUUGGGCCUAGAACUUCAUGGAGCACGGUUACAAGGGACCUGGUCACUGACCUCAGGAAAGGAGUGGGUCUUUCCAACACAAAAGCUGUCAAGCCAACCAAAAUAAUGCCCAAAAAGGUGGUUAGGUUGAUUGCAAAAGGGAAAGGAUUCCUCGACAACAUUACCAUCUCCACCACAGCCCACAUGGCCGCAUUCUUUGCUGCCAGUGAUUGGCUGGUAAGGAACCAGGAUGAGAAAGGUGGCUGGCCAAUUAUGGUGACCCGUAAGUUAGGAGAGGGGUUCAAGUCUUUAGAGCCAGGGUGGUACUCUGCCAUGGCCCAAGGGCAAGCCAUUUCUACAUUAGUCAGGGCCUAUCUGUUGACAAAAGACCAUUUAUUCCUCAGUUCAGCUUUAAGGGCAACAGCCCCUUACAAGUUUCUGUCAGAGCAGCAUGGAGUUAAGGCUGUGUUUAUGAAUAAACACGACUGGUAUGAAGAAUAUCCAACCACACCUAGCUCUUUCGUUUUAAAUGGCUUUAUGUAUUCUUUAAUUGGGCUGUAUGACUUAAAAGAAACUGCAGGGGAAAAACUUGGGAAAGAAGCAAGGUCCUUGUACGAGCGAGGCAUGGAAUCUCUUAAAGCCAUGCUCCCCUUGUAUGACACUGGCUCAGGGACCAUCUAUGACCUCCGCCACUUCAUGCUUGGCAUUGCCCCCAACCUGGCCCGCUGGGACUACCACACCACCCACAUCAAUCAGCUGCAGCUACUCAGCACCAUCGAUGAGUCCCCAAUCUUCAAAGAAUUUGUCAAGAGGUGGAAAAGCUACCUUAAAGGCAGCAGGGCAAAGCACAACUAGAGCUCAGAACCAAAAUCGUCUUCCAGCCUCUGCCGUACACAAAAACCAUGGGCUCUAUCUCAGCAGAGCUUAGGCACGUUUUAAAAGGUGGUAUACUAGGUUUUUGUGGAUUACAUCGAAGUGAUAAACCAGUCUGCUGAGAUAAUUGCAUUCUAUGGGUUGGGUGUUUCAAAACAUAGGUGGCACUUGGAGCAGAAAAGUGUUUAGUCGAUGGCUGAACAGAGAUGUUUAACUUUGCCUUGCUUACUCCAUAACGUCUACAGUUCCACAGACAGUCCAGUCCCUCUGGGUCUGGGGAAGACACUGGUAAGUAGCUGUUACUGGCCAACUGUCCGGCACUUACCUGAAAACUUAGUAUGGGUCUCUUUUAAAAUGUGAUGAUUUAUGUUUAUGUUGGAAACAAACUUUAAAAAAAUAAUGUGCUGUAAUACAGUAAAUGUGUACUCGCAGCCUGAAUAGUGGACUGUGUGCAACUUUUUAAAAUGAUGUUUCUUUUCUACAGAUUAAUUUCUUGGCGAAUUUCGUGUUGUGUUUCUUGAAUUUGUUAUAUAUGGAGAAUAUUUUGAAUGUACGGUUUUCUUGAAAUGUGUAAAUUAAAAACACAACCAGUGUUCAGGCUUCACAGUUAUAUAACGUAAGCACAACUAAAACAAAACUUGUUGACUGCACAAGAAAUCACAAAAACGUUAUGUUUUAUGAAACUUGAUCUACAAUCAGUAAAGAUUUGAUAAUCAGCCGAUCCCUCCCCACCCCCGCUGUGAUGGUUUCUUUUUGUCACUGUCUAGAAUUCUGUAUUUCAUUUCAGACUAUACUUGAGAGUUUUGUCUAUUUAGGGGGACAUUUUUGGGACAUUGUGGAAAUUUUAUUGGAGGAAGGGGCUAAUCCAUUCCCACUACCAUUUCAGGAUUUUUUUUUCCCCCUCUUUAAAGAAAAAUACUACGUCAGAUAUUACAUACAAGAAUCAUGGCAGGUUUUUUCCUUACUUUUGGAUCAUUCUUGGUCAUCAACUUUCCAGACCAUUGACUCUGCACAUGAGUGUUUUUCCUUUGCAAUUUUAAUUUUAAAUUAUUUCAGCUCUUGGAUAGAAGUGAUUAAUGCUACCACGUUUGCUGUGCAUGUGUAACCAGACCUUUAUUUGGGUUUUCUAUCCCACUGUACCCUACCUCACAUAAAUAGGUUUCACAACCCUUGUACCCUGGGCAGUGUCUGCUAUAGGGCUUUAGGCAUUAUCAAAAUCAAGCGAGGUUGAUUUUGUUGUUUUUGUUGAAUGUAUGACAGUACGCUAAAUGAAUACUGUAACUUAUACAGAUUGAAAUAUGAGACCCCACACUUUCAGGAGACUGAGUCUGACAAACACAUCGCAGUUUGUCUGUGACCUGUAUUAAAUGCACAUCAAGAGCCACGUGGGCGCUUGCCUACAUACUGCAUCUGAAAUCAAACUCAGCCUCCUGACACUACUUAGAAACCAGAAACUAUAUACACAUCUAUGAAUAGAAUAAACAUGCAAAAUAUAUAUAUUAGUGGCAAAGGGAGCAGGAGCAGAGAAGACAAUAUAGAUGUACACUGAAGACAGUAGUAAACCGGCCACGGAGAAGGAAGCUUAAACUCCCACGUGACGUGACCACAACUCUCUUCCUCCCACAACACGACAGUUGUGGGUUAUUAAGCUUCCCCCUGGCUUUUGACCUUUAUCGUUCUUAGACAUGAUCAGAUGUCUCCACAAGAAUAUCUGGACUCCUUUUUUUAUUUCAGUGCCCCAACAUAAACUUUCUCCGAUCGGGAAACCCUUUGCCCUUCAUCUCACUUGUUAUUACUGAGAGCAGUCCAGACUUCUGCCUUGUGUUUGCAUACUGGUCCUUCAGACUAAGGGAAUCCACGAAAACAGCACGGUACUGCUUCCGAGACAAAUAUCAGUGCCUUAACAAUGUGGCUGUC